AUGGCGAAAUCCUCGUCGGCGACGGCGUCGGCGUCUGGCACGAAGAAGCGGAAGUCCAAGUCCGGGGCCCUAACCCACGAGGAGGUGAAGACGCUGGGCCACGAGCUCCUCUCCUCGCGCGCCCACCUCAACCACGCCCCGACCCUCCUCGCGCUCCUCUCCCCCUCCGCGCCGCCCAAAAUCGCCCUCGAGGCGCUCAUCUCGCUGCAAUCCUUCUUCGAGCCCUUGCUCCCGUCCAUCCCCUCCGCCUCCGCCGCCGCCGCUGCCGCAGAUGUUGCGAGCAGCGACCCCGAGCUCGUGUUCGGGGCGUGGCUGCGGCAGCGCUUCGACGAGUUCGUCGCCGCGCUCAUCGGGCUCAGCGUGUCUCCCCACAGCGACGACGCAAUCAGGGAAGUUGCGUUCGAUGCGUUUAUGGACUUCGUGAAGCUGGGGAAGGACGGGCGGUUCCACUCGGCGAUUUACCACAAGUUUCUCCAUGCUGUGGUCCAUGCUACCGAUUCGAUUGAUCCUUUGUUAGAGUUGCUUGGGUCCAAGUACUCCAAAUAUGCUGAUGUUUGUUAUUUUACUUAUACUAGCUUAGACAAGAUCACCAACAUUCUGGGCAGUCAAACCACCGGCUCUGGGAAAUAUGGCUUGCAGAAUGGGGACGACAGCUCUGAAGACAGGAAUGUUAUCUGUAUACACAAUAUAUACAAUAUUUUGGUGCAUAUUCCUGCAUUGGAUUUUCAGAAGGAAACAAAAUUUGAUAUGUGGAGUACUGUUGGCAUUUCUUUAAAAGGAGAGAAGAACUCCUCUGAGGGCUCCUCAGCGACACAUAUAAAUAAAAGGCUAAAAGUGAAGUUCACUAAAGCAUGGCUAGCCUUUCUGAAGCUACCACUUCCGCUUGAUGUAUACAAGGAGGUCCUUGCUACAAUUCAUCAGAAUGUAAUUCCUUCAAUGCCAAACCCAUCCAUCUUGUGUGAUUUCUUCACUAGAUCAUACGACAUCGGUGGUGUUAUCAGUGUAAUGGCCUUAAGUGGUCUUUUCAUCCUCAUGACACAACAUAAUCUGGAAUAUCCAAAAUUCUAUGACAAGCUCUAUGCAUUACUGACUCCUGCCGUUUUCAUGGCAAAACAUCGGUCAGUGUUCUUGCAACUUCUUGACGCAUGCCUGAAAUCUUCAUAUGUUUCUGCACAUCUUGCUGCUUCAUUUGCAAAAAGAUUGAGUAGACUCGCCCUUUCAGCACCACCAGCUGGAGCUCUUAUCAUCAUUGCUUUAAUUCAUAAUCUUCUGCGGAGGCACCCCUCAAUUAAUUUUUUGGUUCAUUGGGAAGUUCCUCAGGAUGAUGAUACCAAUACCAGUCGAGAAGCUAGUCAGCCUAAAAAAGUUGGCGCUGAUCCUUUUGACAAUGAAGAGACAGACCCUACAAAGUCUGGUGCAAUGCGUAGUUCUUUAUGGGAAAUAGAUACACUGCGUCAUCACUACACACCUGCAGUUUCUAGAUUUGUUGCAUCACUUGAAAAUGAUCUCACUGUACGCGCCAAAACGUCUGAGAUGAAAAUAACAGACUUUAGUUCUGGCUCCUAUGCAACAGUUUUCCGAGAUGAGGUGAGGCGGCGGAUAAAACAAGUUCCUCUUGCGUUCUACAGAACUACACCGACAUCUUUAUUUCAAGAGUCAGAUUUUCCUGGAUGGACCUUUGAGCAGACUAGUGUAGAAGGAAAUGAGAACAGCACGGUAGAGACUAGUGGCGCCUCACCUGCUAAAAGGUCACGGAUGCACUCCGAGCUACUGAAGUUUAAUGGAAGAGCCCACGUGAGAAAGAAUGCUUUCUGGCAUCGAUCUGGAUCACACAUAACUGAUAGGCAAUGUGGAUCGGGAUUGUGGAACUAUCUUGUCCAUUCAUCUGCUGAAGCAACAUAUCCCCAGUCUUCUAGACCCACCAUGAAGUCCGCGCUCCAUUUUUGGGGCAUUUUCUGCUGUCUAUGCUUCUAUGCAAUCAGCAAGAAUAUCGAUGCGAGACCCGACACAGUGAGCAUUGGAGCUCUUUUCACAUUCAAUUCCACAAUAGGGAGAGUUGCCAAGAUUGCCAUGGCUGCUGCUGCCAGUGACAUCAACAAUGAUUCAAGCAUCCUUCCAGGCACAAAACUGGUUAUCCAGAUGAGAGAUUCCAAUUGCAGUGGCUUCGUUGGCAUUGUGCAAGCAUUGCAAUUCAUGGAGAAGGAUACGAUUGCAAUCAUCGGCCCUCAGUCUUCUGUUCUAGCGCAUGUUGUUUCUCAUGUUGCAAAUGAACUCCAAGUGCCUAUGUUGUCCUUUGCUGCAACUGAUCCAACUCUCACGCCACUUCAAUUUCCUUUCUUUGUGAGGACAACCCAUAGCGAUCAUUUUCAAAUGGCUUCUGUUGCUGACAUAGUCAACUAUUAUGGGUGGAAGCAAGUGACAGCUAUAUAUAUUGAUGAUGAUUAUGGAAGAAACGGCAUAUCGUCCUUAGGUGAUGAACUUGCCAAGAGGCGGUCCAAGAUCUUGUAUAAAGCUGCAGUUAGGCCAGGAGCAAGAAAGAGUGAAAUGGCUACUGUGCUAGUCAGGGUUGCGAUGAUGGAGUCUCGAGUACUCAUUCUGCAUGCAAAUCCUGAAUCUGGCCUUGCACUUCUCUUAUUAGCUCGCAAUCUCGGCAUGACAUCCAGUGGAUAUGUGUGGAUUGCAACGGAUUGGCUUGGUUCAUUCCUUGAUUCAUCACUACAUCCAGAUAUGGAUUUAGUGGGUGCAAUGCAGGGUGUUGUCACAUUACGCCAGCACACAGAAAAUACCAGAAGGAAGAGUAAGCUAGCUUCACAAUGGAAUGCACUGGUGAAGACAGAUAAUGUUGACAGCAGGUUCUUGAUUAAUUCAUAUGGUUUGUAUGCUUAUGAUACUGUCUGGAUGAUUGCUCAUGCGCUGGAUGCGUUUUUCAGUAGAGGCGGUAACAUUUCAUUCUCUAUCUACCCCAAACUACGUGAUAUCGCAGGAGGAGGUUUGCAAUUGGGAGCAAUGACUGUCUUUGAUGAGGGGAGGCUGUUGUUAGAAAGAAUACGCCAAGUAAAUUUCACUGGUGCAACUGGCUCUGUAAGAUUUGAUUCAGAUGGCAAUCUUCUCCGGCCUGCAUAUGACGUUGUUAACAUAGUAGGUUCCGGUUUGCGGACAAUUGGUUACUGGUCCAACUAUUCCGGCCUCUCAAUUGCAUCUCCAGAGACUCUUUACAUGAAACCAGCAAACCGUUUUCGGGAAAAUCAGAGACUUCUCCCCGUGAUCUGGCCAGGUGAGACUAUGACAAGGCCACGUGGAUGGGUGUUUCCCAACAAUGGAAAUGAGCUUAGAAUUGGUGUUCCCAAUAGGGUAAGUUAUCGUCAAUUUGUGUCAACUGACAAUAUAACAGAUACAGUGCGUGGUUUCUGUAUCGAUGUGUUUGUUGCUGCAAUAAACUUGUUGCAAUAUCCAGUUCCAUAUAAGUUUGUUCCAUUUGGGAAUGGUAGAGAGAAUCCAAGCUAUACCCAGCUUAUCAAUAAAAUUCUAACAAAUGAAUUUGAUGCUGUGGUAGGUGAUAUUGCUAUUGUCACAAAUCGGACAAGGGUUGUUGACUUCACUCAGCCAUAUAUCGAGUCAGGGCUUAUGGUACUUACCUCUGUUAAGAAACAUGGCUCGAGCGGAUGGUCAUUUUUGCAGCCAUUCACAAUCAGAAUGUGGUGCGUCACAGGACUAUUCUUUCUUAUCAUAGGGACGGUGGUUUGGCUGCUUGAGCACAGAAUCAAUGAUGAUUUCCGUGGACCUCCAGUGAAACAGAUUAUUACUGUAUUCUGGUUCAGUUUCUCAACUCUGUUCUUCGCGCACAGAGAGGACACCAGAAGCACCCUCGGUCGCUUCGUGAUCAUCAUAUGGCUCUUCGUGGUUCUGAUAAUCCAGUCCAGCUACACUGCCAGCCUGACUUCCAUACUGACCGUGCAGCAGCUCACAUCUCCAAUCACGGGUAUCGAUAGCUUGGUCGCCAGUGACGAGCCCAUAGGAUUCCAGAUUGGCUCCUUCGCGGAAAAUUACCUCCUGCAAGAGCUCGGUGUCUCAAAGUCAAGGCUUAGGGCGCUCGGUAAUCCGGACGAGUAUAAGCGAGCACUAGACCUUGGCCCUGGCAAUGGAGGCGUCAUGGCCAUCGUCGACGAGCGCCCAUACAUUGAGCUUUUCCUGCUUGAGCAUCCCAAAUUUGCAGUAGUGGGCUCGGAGUUUACCAAAAGCGGCUGGGGCUUCGCGUUCCCGAGGGACUCGCCACUGGCAGUGGAUCUAUCGACGGCCAUCCUGGAGCUGUCGGAGAACGGCGACCUCCAGCGGAUCCAUGAGAAGUGGCUGAACGAUCGGAUGACAGAGUCGCAGUCCCAGACCAAUGAGUUGGACUCGGACAGUCUGCAGGUGUACAGCUUCUCCGGGCUGUUCCUCAUUUGCGGCGUGGCGUGCGUGAUCACCCUCGCCAUACACGCCGGCGUCCUCGUCCACAAAUACUGGGAGCACACCGCGUCCUCGCAGCAGGCGGUGCUGUCGUCCACCGAUGGCAGUUCCCGCUCCAGCCGCAGCAGGCUCCAGGCGUUCCUGUCCUUUGCCGACCGACGGGAGAUCGACACCCACAGCCACAGGGCAUCCAAAGAGAAGGCAGUGGCGCUGGCAGGAGUAGGAGGAGACUCCAUCGGCGGCGUCAGUGCAGCGUCGAGUACUACCAGCGUCAGCACUAGCACGUCUUGCUAGAGACAGUCACGGCAUAGCCUUGCAUGUCUUGGCUUCCAGAUAAUUAACUUAUGUCGUACGUACAAUACACCCACCCAAUACAGGUCGUAGUAGUAUUGAUCAUCUGGUCGCAGUAGUAUUUGAUGAUGGCACGGGUAGUCGUACUUAAAUAGCGCAGUAUUCUCUCCUUGUGCUGCAGAAUUGUAAAGAUGUGUAAGCUGUAGUGCACAUGGAGCAGCUUCAGUACUAGUUGUUGAUUUUGAGACGGCCGCCUACGAGAAAGUUAAUUGGAAUUUUUUGUAGGAGUGUCAUAGAGUAAGAGGGUUUUCCCCUGUUUGGUGCAA